UGACUCCUUCGCAAUCAUUGGGUAAACCAUUGUCUAUAACCAGAAUACCAUAUUUAUUUGACUCUAUUCAUUUGUUUUCUUGGUUACUUUCUUGUUAUAUUUGUUUGUAUGUUAACUAUUAGCUCAACAAUGCCCUUAAUCAAGUCAACACCAAUUUGUUAAAUUGUACAAUCUUCCAAUAGCGCUGAUAAAUCAAUUCACUCAUCUUCAUCACAACUGUUUUCUUUCUUUUUCCCUUUUUCUCCAUUUUACUUUCUAUCUUUCCUGUAACUCACUCAAAAACAUUGCCUCGCUCGUAUUGCAUCUAAACCGUUCAAGUUAAAUGAAAGUUAUUUUCUAUUAAUGGACCUCUAAUUACCAGGAUUACCAUCAUUUUAUAAACAUUUGUUUGUCUUAUUUAGUGUCUUAUGAAUAUUCAAAGUGACUCAGUUAAUCCUGCUUUAGCUUUUAAUAAGUCGUUUCUUGGUGAUAAUCGUUUGUCUACAAAAUCAACUGUUUAGCUUUUUUUAUCCAACAUUUCUGCCAAGACAGCCUUUCCAGUCAACAGUUAACUCUACCUUGUUUAUGUUGAUUUUUGUGUCAAUUGUUCAAUCAUUGUGCCCAUAGAACCGCUACCAAUCUGUGAUAAUUGUUGCCCAAAUUAACCAAAAACCAUGGGCUGUAUUUUUUCAUUUUUCAAAUUUAACCAGUCUUAUAAGGUGGCUGAGCCAUCUGAGAAUAAAGAUUCGACUCAACACCAAGGAAAGAAAGCUUCCAAAAAACAAUCUGGGCAACAAUCAAAUAAAUCUGCUGUAAAAAAUGAGCAUCCGCUUCCCAAUCAAUCUUUUAUAUACAAAACUGUCCUGGAAACAACCGUCUCUGAUGCCAAUGCUAAUGAAGAAGAGGAAAGAAAGAAAGCUGAGGAAGCUCCUGGUCCUUUUGAGAUUGAAACCGAUCUAUUAAGUCCAGAGGUUGAAGAAGCAGUGAUUAAAAUUCAAGCAAAUGUCAGAGGUUACUUAACACGGAAACAGUACAGAGCUACACCAGAAAGAUCAAUUGAAAAACCUUCAAGUCAAGUAAAUCAAGAGCAAACCGAAUCGACUAAUGAGGCAUCAUCUGGAAUACUUGCCCCACCACCGAGUUUCUCUGAUACUCCCAAGGAACUUCCUCUAGAUGAAGCUAAUCAAACAGCUAAUCAAGGGAAAAGAAUUGCGGAAAAAUUGAUUGAACUAGAGAAGCAAGUCAGUCAAGCUGCUGAGCCUUAUGACAAGAGACCGGCUGAAGAUAGGGAAACUAAUUCUCGUCAACUGGAUGAUCAAAAAGUAAACAUUUCAAAUGAUGAUCAAAGUAUCACUGUUAGGAGCAAUGAAAGUAAUGGAGCUGAAGGAAAUUCAAAUGACUUAAAACUUUUGCAAAUUCCAUCUAUUGAGACAGAUUUGAGUGAAUCUUCUGCGCCUGAAGAAGCAGCAACGAAAAUUCAAGCUGCUUUCAGAGGUUAUCAAGUUCGAAAAACUAUUUCACGUGAAGCAUCGCCAAUGAGAUCUAGAGAUAAAACGGAUGAUAAAGGUUCUGAAUUGGAUGAAUUUGCUGAUAAAGAAGGAAAGGUUAAUCUUAGAGAGAGAGUUUCAACCUCAGCUCAAGAUCCUGAGAGAGAAUCUAUUCUAGUUUUGGAUCAGCUAGAAGAGGCCUUAUCGAAAGAAUUACUGAAAACACCUGGUAAAACAGAAGAUGAAUCAUCGUCAAGUUCAAAUUCAACUGAUAUCGAUUUAAAUUCAAGCAUUAAAAGCAAUUCUUCUUUGGUCGAGCCAUCACAAGUUGAGAAUGAUUCAACUCAGAAAGUUACGACCGAGUCCCUAUCAAAGUCAAGCGAUAUUGAAGAUAAACAGCCUCAAGAUUCACUAAUUAAUACUAAUUCACCGCAAUCAGAUGAUAAAUCUUUGACCAAUAACUUGAAGAAUGAUAAUCUUUCGAGUACAAACAUUGAAAGUGUUGUUUGCACUCAAAGCUCAAAAUUAAUGCAAGUCAAUGAUCCAGUUCCAAAUAUUGUCGCCUCUGACUUGAAAGAGUCUGAAAUUCUCGAUCCCUCUUCUAAUGGAAACAAUGUUGAAUCGAUUGCAAAUGAACCUGUCGUGUUUGUCUCUAAUGAAGACAAAGUUGAUGCAUCACCAAAAUUAGAGUCAGAAGAAGCUAAACAAGAAACUGAUGCUGUAGUUAUGGUUGAGGUUGCUGGUAAAUUGAAUGCUUCUCCUCUCCCAGAACUCACUUCAGACUCUAAAAUUGGUUUAAGUGAAAACCUCCAUGUGAAAUCUAAUAUUUUGCAUGAGAUUCAAUCAGAUUCAAAUGAAAAUAAUCAACCCAAAAAUGAACUCAAACUGGAUUCCCCCAUUUCAAUGGAAACUGAAGAAGUUGUUAAUCAGUUUGUGACAAAGAGUGAAGAAACAACUGACUCUAAAGUUGAUCAAAUUCCAACUUGCGAUAUACUUUCCAAAAAAGAAACUGAUUCAUUACCUCAACCGAUUACAUCAAAUGAACCUCAAUCUGUUCAGGAAAGUGAAAAAAUUCUAGUAGACACUGAACUUCCAUCUCCACAAAGUGUAGAGCCACCAACUACAACAGUUACUUCAGAUAUUUCUAAGCCAAAUGAGCCAUCAAAUGAUAUAGUAAAAGAAACAUCUUCUGAUACCAUGGAAUCAAAACUUGCAGAAGAAAAAGAUAUUAAAGCUGAAGAAAAUGAAGAUUUGCAAAAUGAACCACAAAAAAACCAGAGAUUGUUAAAAGAAGAUUCUUUUGGCUCUGAUAUUCUAAUCUUGGACGAUGAUUCAAUUGAUAGAAGUGACACUUUAUAUGACAUAAUCGCAGAGAAGGGGUUAAAUGUUUCUGAAUCAUCCAACCAACAACAAGAAAAAGACAAAGACUUGUCGCUUCAUGAUCAAAGUGGUUUCUCUUUUAAGACUGAUGCUUCUGAAAGUUUUACUGAGAUGAAAGAUGACAUUCUCGUUAACCUUGAUGAAAGUGAUGAUGAAGACGAAAAUAAAAAUAUCGAAGAGACAAUCAGCACGAAGUCAGCUGUUGGAAAUGAUAAUCAAAGUUCACCAGUUUCAAAAGCAAAUAAUGAGAGUGACCAGCUUAGUAAUGAGAAAGUAAAUACGUCGAUCUCUAAUGAUUCAGUUUCUUCCCAUCUAGUAGUUGAAGAGCAUUCGAGUUUAACAUCGGCAAAUUCAACUAAUGAUCAAAUCUCUACAAGUGUUAAACCAACGGAGACAUCAAGUGAGACACAUGUCCAACUAUCUGAGAAUUUCAAGGAUUCGUCUGAUAAAGAUCUUAGUAAAGAGCAACUUGAAAAUAAUGAUAUUGCUACUAAUGAGACAAUCAUCCAACCAAUUAAUGAAUCAUUAAAUGAGCAGAUAGUUUCAACAAAUAUGGAAAGCUGCCUUAAAGAACCUAGUUCAUCAUCUGAUGAUCAAUUAGAAAAGUCAGACAAAAUUAGUGCCAUUGUACCAGAUGAACAUUCAAAAGAAGAUGUAAGUCAGGAAAAUGUAAGAUCUCAAGAAGUAUCUUCUGUGGAUAAAAUUAAUCCAGAAACUGAUUUGAAGCCUUUAGAAAUUGAAGAAAAGACCAAUCGAGAUUUAUCGAUAGGAAGUGAGGAAACUUUAAAAGCGGAAUCAAAAGCCGAGGAAUCUUCUGCACCAAAAAUAGACAUAGAAAAUGAAUCUGAAGAGUGUUCAAAUAAAACAGAAUUUAUUGACCAGAAAAGUAUUUCCCAAACUCCUGUCACAAUCAAUGUUCAGACAACUGUAACUACUGCCGAAGCUGUUCAAGAAAAACCAGAUGAAAAUUCAAACGCAGCAAAAGAUGAUAAAGGUAAUUUAAUUGUUACAAAGGUUGAAAGCAACUCUUUUGAUUCAUUAGACUCUCAAUCACAAUCUAGAACUAUUCAAGAUGAUUCAACAAGCUUAAAACAAACCAAAGAAUCUGAAAGCAAUCUUCAUUCGGAACCAUCUACAGGAUUGAACCUCGAUGAAAGCUCAUCUUCAACUCAAUCAGUGGUCAUUAUAAAUCAGCCUGAAAUAGUUGAAUCAAGUGGUGCUUCCGAACUCCCAACAUCUUCAACCGAGUCAACACCUACUGAAGAGUCAGAUGAUAAAACUGAAGAUUCCAAUCCAGAAGAUGAGAAUCGACUAUUGAGGAUAGUCGAUAGAGAAGCCAGAUCUAAAAGUCCUAACCCAUUUGGUCGUAAAAGAAGAAAAGGGAAAAAAGGUCGAGCUGUUCAAUAAAACAAUCAAUUUUAUUUAAUUAAUUUUAUUUUAAAUCAGUCAAAGUUGCACCUUUCAAUUUGAUGCCAUUCACAAGUGCUGAAAAGGAAGCCAAAAGGAAAAAAGCUCCAACAUGAAAUACAUUUUACACAAAAUCAAGAAACUAACAAUUUAAAAAACUAAUAUAAAUAUAUUAUCAUGAAUUUAAUUUUGUGUAGAUUAUCAAAUAUUGUGUAAACAAUUAUGACUAUACUUACUCUCAUACAUUAAAUUUUUAGUUUCAUCCUUUA